CGUUGCCGGGGGUGACGGAGAAAGGUGACGGCGGAAGGCCCCGCGGCCCCGGUUCCACCUCCCCACUUCCCGGGAUCGGAGUUUUACUGGAAUAAGAUGGGGCUGGACAUGGAUCCCAUGUUCUUGGCCUGGAGCUAUUUCAGAAGGCGCAAGUUCCAGUCCUGUGCAGCCCUCUGCACCAAGCUGCUGGAGAGCAACCCGUAUGACCAGGAAACUGAAACUAAAAUCAUUGUAACUGAGGCUGCAUGGAGUUUGAAAACCCGAGCCUUAACAGAGAUGGUGUAUGUGGAUGAGAUUGAUGUAGACCAAGAAGGAAUAGCGGAAAUGAUGCUUGAUGACAGUGCUAUAGCCCAGAUUGCCCGACCUGGAACCUCUUUAAAACUCUCAGGAAUCAGUCAAGGAGGAGGUCCUAGCCCAGCUGUCAGACCCAUGUCUCAAUCAGGAAGACCCAUUACUGGGUUUGUUAGACCAGGCACCCAGUCUGGCAGACCUGGCACUAUGGAGCAGGCUAUCAAGACCCCGAGAACUGCCUACACUGCCCGGCCAGUAACAAGUGCUUCUGGGAGAUUUGUUAGGCUGGGGACGGCCUCCAUGCUUACUAGUCCUGAUGGACCAUUUAUUAAUUUAUCCAGAUUAAAUUUAACCAAAUACGCUGGGAAACCAAAUUUAGCUAAGGCACUGUUUGAAUAUAUUUUCCAUCAUGAAAAUGAUGUCAAAACUGCUUUAGAUUUGGCAGCCCUAGCUACUGAGCAUUCCCAGUUUAAAGAUUGGUGGUGGAAGGUACAAAUUGGAAAAUGUUACUACAGAUUGGGUUUGUAUCGUGAAGCAGAGAAGCAGUUUAAAUCUGCAUUCAAACAACAAGAAAUGGUUGAUACAGUUCUUUACCUGGCAAAGGUCUAUAUUCGUUUAGACCAGCCAUUGACAGCAUUAAGCCUUUUCAAGCAAGGACUGGAUCGUUUCCCAGGGGAAGUUACGCUGCUUACAGGAAUAGCUCGUAUACAUGAUGAAAUGAACAACAUUGUAUCAGCCACUGAAUAUUACAAGGAUGUUUUAAAACAAGAUAAUACUAAUGUAGAAGCCAUUGCCUGCAUAGGGAGUAAUCAUUUUUAUUCGGACCAGCCAGAGAUUGCACUACGAUUCUAUAGACGACUUCUCCAAAUGGGUGUUUAUAACUGUCAGCUCUUCAACAACCUAGGGCUCUGCUGCUUUUAUGCACAACAGUAUGACAUGACUCUGAGUUCAUUUCAAAGAGCACUCUCACUGGCUGUGAAUGAUGAGGAAGUGGCUGAUGUAUGGUACAAUCUUGGCCAUGUAGCAGUGGGAAUAGGAGAUAUGAAUUUGGCCUACCAGUGCUUUAAACUGGCACUAGCCAACAACAAUGAUCAUGCAGAAGCUUAUAACAAUUUAGCUGUCCUGGAGAUGCGCAAAGGUCACCAUGAACAGGCCCGAGGAUUUCUGCAGACAGCCGCAGCACUGGCCCCUCAUAUGUAUGAACCACAUUAUAACUUUGCUGCACUUUCAGAUAAGGUUGGAGACCUUCAGAGCAGUUAUAUAGCUGCACAGAAAUCAGCAGCUGCAUUUCCAGAACAUGUUGACACUCAGCAAUUAAUCAAGCAACUGCAACAACACUUUGCCAUGCUUUAACUGUACCGUGACAUAAUGAUCUUGGGAUGGUGUAUUCUUUGUUGUUAAAGGAGAGAGAUUACAUAAUGUAAAUAUUGUGUGUUGUGACAGUACAAUUGUUAAUUUAGUGAUUUAAUUUUUCUACCUCAGAUAUUCUGAGACAAGGCUGAACUUUCACUUUGGAGGCAGGAAACAGGUGCCUGGACUGUUUACAUGUCCCAAACCCAUCCCAAGGGGGAAACGACUGCUCUGGGAUUUUGACUGGGCACUCCUUUAACUGUCAUGGAAACAGGAUUCCCUUUCCAAAUAAGAAUUGUGGGCAGGCUUUCAAAGUUGGAGAGCCAAUCAGAAGCCUUCCAGCUUGAGAGCAGCAGAAGGUAAUUGAGAGGGUGGUUCAACACAAAAGCAUCCUCCAUCAAUUUAAACAAAAAUCAAAUAAAAAACAGAGAAGGCAGCCAGGCCAACAGUGUGGUGGCGUGGCUAAAUCACUCUACAUUGGUGGCCUUUGGCUGCACCUGCACCCAGGCCAGCAGGGAAGGCCUGUAGGCUUGCCUGGACUGCUGUUAAACUGGCCAGCUGCUGAGUACCCACCCCCAGGAAAUUAAACUGCCCCUGUUACAUGGGGAAACUGGAGACUAUCUGGAAAAUCCCAGGCCCCAAACCCACCUCCCCUAAAGUACCAGCACUGGGAACGGAGUCAAGAAACCAGCUUUUGGGCGGUGCCAGAAUUUUCAGGCUCCAGCCAUCUCUGCUUCUGACCUUAGUGGGGCUUGAAAAUUCAAUCCCCAGUGUCCCCAUCAGUGUUCUCCAUAGGAAAACUCUGAGGCUAGAUUAAUGGAGCUGCUCAAGCUAUCCUGAGUUCACUCAAUGUGCAUGUGAAUUGAUGCCAGAUCGCUGACAUGGAAUUGUUUGGCACUGGCAUCUGUGAUUUUGAUGGGUUGUACUGUGCAAUAAAUUUCAAAAGUCUGAUCCUGUUUUACAGAUUCUACCUGUAUCAGGGACAGAGUAGUAAGCUUCUUAAUACAUCUGGCAUAACCUGCUGACAGGAUGGUAGUCAGGCCAGUUGGUUGAGGGUGAUCUGAAAGUAGAUUAUAAAAUUAAAAGUGGAUUUUAAAAUUAAAAGUAUUAUGUAUACCCAAGAACUCAUGAAACAACAAUGAUAAAUAACAAUGUUUAUAGCUAGACACAAUGUUAUAACGUUCCUUUUAAAGGAAGCAACUAUUUUGUUAAUUUUUGUACAUUCAAAUUCCAUUUCCCAUCCAGAAAGUAAAAAUGUACUAUUUUUGUGAUGCUAUUUAAACUUAUUUUGUAAAGGAAGUUGUACAGUACCCAGCAAAUUAAAAACAGUAAAUAGGAUUUGGCUUGUAACAACUGUUUUUACCCUGUCACAGGCAAUAUUAAGAAAUGUGUUUACUGCAGAUGGCUGUCGCUGCAUUGUUUUCUUUUACAUAAAAAAUAAUUUAUAAAGCUCCUUUCAUGUCCCCAGAACUACCCGAAGUGCUUCACAGGCAGUGGAUUACUCUUGAAGUGUAAUUAUUUUUGUUAUGUAGGAUACAGCAGACAAUUUAUAUGUAACCACAUCUGAAAAACAAUAAAUGAGGUAAAUGAC